GCCACGUGCAGUUGCAGUGUGCGUCGGAGUGUUUCUUUACAUCCCCGCCCCACUAACUCCGGGUUAUCGUGUGACAUUAAAAUUGCAACGCCACGACUUACAUAAUUUCUGUACACGUAUCUGCAUUUCCGGUCUCCAAAACAUCACUUGCACUCGUGCCGUGAUUAUUAAUGCACACUGCAUCUGCUAAGUUAUAAAUCUGAUGCAACCUACUUGUAAUCAGAUGCAAUCGGUUUCAAGUGAACACAAUAUAAGCAUUACUAUCAAAUAUCCUUGACUUACACUCCGCUUCUCUUUCAAAUACACACUCAUAAAUCGCACGACACUAAGCCCCACCUUUUGGAAAUGUGUGGAAUCUGGGCUGUAUUCGGCUUCAACAAGGAUGCCAUCCAACAUCUUAGUAACUUUACUAAAAUCAGCCACCGAGGGCCAGAUGCGAUGAGAGUUGAAUCCACCAGCAUAAUUAAGAAUGGUCUGCUUGGUUUCCAUAGGCUUACCAUCAUUGAUAGUCUCUAUGGAAUGCAACCUAUGCGUCUACAUAAAUACCCUCAUCUUAUUCUGUUGUGUAAUGGUGAAAUUUACAACUUUCAAAAGUUACAGGCACAGGGCAAAUAUCAAUACGAGACUUCUUGUGACGUAGAGUCAAUCCUGCACUCUUAUCAAAUCCAUGGGGCAGAUACCACCGUUCGUUCCUUAGAUGGUGUUUUUGCAUUUUGCUUAGUAGAUAUGGAAAAAAAAAAGUUACUAGUAGCCAGGGAUCCGUACGGUGUCAGACCACUGUUUAAAUUACACAGUGAUAGCGGAAUGCUUGGUCUGUGUUCUGAGAGUAAAGGUCUUAUGGGUUUAAUCGAAACGAUGAAUGGAGGCUUGGGAAAAUUGGAGCCAUUUCCUCCUGGUCAUUACGAAGAGUACUCAAUUUUGGAAGAUGGGUCCGUUGAAUUAUUAAGAAGAAUACAGUACCACAAACCUGGUGAUAAGCCAAGUUUUAACGUGCACGUGCCUUGGGAAAGACUGAGUUCACCAGAUGUUUGUGAGAAUAUCAGAACUCUUGUACAUGGCGCGAUUGAGAAACGUCUGAUAGCUGACAGACGGAUUGGUUGUUUAUUAUCUGGUGGCCUUGAUUCAAGUUUAGUGGCUGCGUUAGUGACCAAACUAGCUAAGGAAAAUAAUUUUCCGUACAAAAUUCAAAGCUUUUCAAUUGGCAUGGGUGAGAGUCCAGAUGUUCUAGCAGCCCGACAGGUUGCAAAUCAUAUUGGCUCUGAUCAUCAUGAAAUAAGCUUUACACCAGAGGACGUUGCCGAAGUUUUGGACGAUGUUAUUAAUCUGCUAGAAACAUACGAUAUCACCACAGUACGAGCUUCCAUAGGAAUGUAUCUGGUGUCAAGAUACAUCAAGCAGAAUACAGACACAACAGUAUUGUUCAGCGGCGAGGGAGCAGACGAAGUUGCACAAGGUUACAUCUACUUCCGAGAAGCACCAAGCCCUAAAGAUGCACACGAUGAGUCCAUAAGGCUUCUGCACGAUAUAUAUUUGUAUGAUGGACUACGAGCAGACAGGACUAUCAGUGGCCAUGGCCUCGAAUUGCGUGCACCAUUUUUGGACUUGCAAUUUACUAAUUAUUACCUAUCAUUAGAUGCAUCUACGAGGCAACCACAAGGUGGAGUUGAAAAAUAUUUGCUACGGACAGCUUUUGAUAAGACGGACUUGUUACCCAAAAAUAUUCUAUGGCGACACAAGGAAGCCUUUAGUGAUGGCGUAGCUUCCAUAAAAAAGUCACUAUUCCAAGUCAUCCAGGAAAUCGUUGAUGAACGUGUAACAGACAAAGAACUUGAGGAAGCAGAAGUUAUAUAUCCCCACUGUACUCCAAAAACAAAAGAAGCUCUCUAUUACAGGAAAGUAUUUGAGACCCACUACAGAGGACAAGCGGAAAAGUUUGUUCCAUAUUUCUGGAUGCCUCGAUGGGUGCAAGGAGUUACUGAUCCUUCAGCCAGGUUUAUAGCUCAUUAUGCGGCAGAUGUUUAAAAGGAAUAAAUAUGUUUGCACACAUCUGUGG